AUGGCGGAUACAGUGAGGUGGUGGGGCUGCAGAGAGCAGCUCCUGCUCGCUCUUCUGUUUUGGACGUUGUGUGGUGCUAGGGCCCUGGCGGGGGCCGGGCAGAUCCGCUACUCGGUGCUUGAAGAGCUGGACAAAGGCUCUUUCGUGGGCAACAUCUCCAGGGAUCUGGGGCUUAAGCCCGGAGAGCUGGCAGAGCGCGGAGUCCGCAUUGUCUCCAGAGGUAAGACGCAGUUUUUCUCUCUGAGCGCGGGAAGCGGCAGCCUGGUGACCGCGGGGAGAAUAGACCGGGAGGAGCUCUGCGCCCAGAGCGCGCGGUGUCUGGUGAGCUUUAAUAUUUUGGUUGAAAAUAAAAUGAAAAUUUAUGGAGUAGAAGUAGAAAUCAUUGAUAUUAAUGAUAACGCCCCACGCUUUCGAGAUGAAGAAUUAAAAGUGAAAAUUAAUGAAAAUGCACCUGUAGGGACGCGAUUAGUGCUUCCUUUUGCGCGAGAUCCGGAUGUGGGAGCGAACUCUCUCCAGAACUACCAGCUCAGCUCCAACACGCACUUCACUCUGGACGUGAAAAGCGGAACUGAUAAGCAAAAGUACCCGGAGCUGGUGCUGGAUCGGCCCCUGGAUCGGGAGAAGGAGGCUCUUCACGACCUCCUCCUCACAGCUAUCGACGGGGGCGACCCUGUCCUCUCUGGCACCACGCACAUCCGCGUGACUGUCCUGGACGCGAACGAUAACGCGCCGCUGUUCACCAGGCCUGAAUACCGAGCGAGCGUCCCGGAGAACAUACCUGUGGGCAGCCGGCUGCUCACGGUCACCGCCACUGACCCGGACGAAGGACUAAAUGGGAAACUCACCUACUCUUUUCGCAAUGAAGAAGACAAAAUUUCAGAGACUUUCCAACUUGAUUCCAACCUGGGGGAGAUCUCGACUCUGCAGUCACUGGACUACGAAGAAUGCACCUUUUACACGAUAGAAGUGGAGGCCCAGGACGGGGGUGCUCUGGUUGCUAGCGCCACAGUGCUGGUCUCUGUGCAGGAUGUAAACGACAAUGCCCCGGAAGUGAUCCUCACCUCGCUCACGGGCUCCGUGUCUGAAGACUGCCUUCCCGGAACAGUCCUCGCUCUGUUCAGCGUACACGACAGCGAUUCCGGAGAAAAUGGCGAGAUUGCGUGUUCUAUCCCCAGAAAUCUGCCCUUUAAGUUGGAAACGUCCGUUGAUAAUUACUAUCACUUAUUGACAACAACAACCCUGGAUAGGGAAGAAGUCUCAGAGUAUAACAUCACGAUAACUGCUACUGACCGCGGAACCCCGCCGCUGUCCACAGAAACGCGUAUCUCGAUCAAAGUGGCAGACAUUAACGACAAUCCGCCGGCCUUCCUUCACGCAUCCUACUCUACCUACAUCCCGGAAAACAACUCCAGAGGUGUCUCCAUCUUCUCUGUGACCACCCACGACCCCGACAGCGGUGACAACGCCCGGGUUACUUAUUCCUUGAGGGAAGACACCUUGCAGGGGGCGCCUCUUUCCUCUUACGUCUCCAUCAAUUCCGACACCGGUGUCCUGUAUGCGCUGCGCUCUUUCGACUAUGAGCAGUUCCAGGAGGUGCAGCUGUGGGUGACAGCCAGUGACAGCGGGAACCCACCACUCAGUAGCAAUAUGUCACUGAACUUGUUCGUGCUGGACCAGAACGACAAUGCUCCUGAGGUCCUGUACCCCGCCUUCCCCACUGAUGGUUCCACAGGGGUGGAACUGGCGCCUCGCUCUGCAGAACCCGGCUACCUGGUGACCAAGGUGGUGGCGGUGGACAGAGACUCGGGUCAGAACGCCUGGCUGUCCUACCGCCUGCUCAAGGCCAGCGAGCCAGGGCUGUUCGCGGUGGGGGUGCACACAGGCGAGGUGCGCACUGCUCGCGCCCUGCAGGACAGAGACGCGCUCAAGCAGAGCCUGGUGGUGGCUGUCCAGGACCACGGCCAGCCCCCUCUCUCGGCCACUGUCACGCUCACCGUGGCCGUGGCCGACAACAUCCCCGACGUCCUGGCGGACCUGGAGAACAUCAAGACACCCUCUAAUAAUGAAGACUCAGGCCUCACGCUGUACCUGGUGGUGGCCUUGGCCUCCGUCUCCUGCCUGUUCCUUGCCUUUGUCAUUGUGCUGAUGGCGCUCAGGCUGAGGCGCUGGUACACUUCGCAUCUGCUGCAAACUUCGGGCAGUGGGCUCCCAGGCCUGCCCGCCUCGCACUUUGUGGGUGUGGACGGGGUGCGGGCCUUCCUGCAGACAUAUUCCCAUGAGAUCUCCCUCACUGCAGACUCCGGAAAGAGCCACAUUAUCUUUCCGCAGCCCAACUAUGCGGACACGCUCAUUAGUGCAGAGAGUUGUGAGAAAAGCGAGCCUCUUCUUAUAUCUGAUCAGAUAAAUUCAAACAAAGAAGAACCAGGAGUUUUUCAGCUAGCGCGAGCUGAUGAGCUGAUGUUGCAGGCGCCCUCCUUCAGCACUGUGAGCCUGUGCGUGCUGGUUGACGACCACAAUGACAGUGCACCCAGGGUGCUGUAUCAGGUGCUGGGACCCGAGGGCUCUGCGUUCUUGGACAUUAAGUGCAAAGAUCAGAAGGAGCCCGUAAUGGCGACUCUGCAGAGGCGCCGGUGCUGCGGGGGGCUGGUCCUCCUCUUCUCGUUUCUGGAGAUGCUGUGGGGAGCCAGGGCUGGGCAGAUCCGCUACUCCAUUCCUGAGGAGCUGGAGAAAGCAUCCUUUGUGGGAAACAUCGGCAAGGACCUGGGGCUGGAGCCUGGGAAGCUGGCGGAGGGCGGAGUCCGCAUCGUCUCCAGAGGUAGGACGCAGCUCUUUGCGCUGAGCCCGGGAAGCGGCAGCCUGGUGACUGCGGGCAGGAUAGACCGUGAGGAGCUCUGCGCCCAAAGCGCGCGCUGUCUGGUGAAUUUUAACAUUCUUGUUGAAGAUAAAAUGAACCUCUUUCCAGUGGAAGUGGAAAUAACGGACAUAAAUGACAAUACACCUCAAUUCUUAACGGAAAAAUUGGAGGUAAAAAUUCCUGAAAAUGCACCUCCAUCCUCUCAUUUUCCAUUAAUGGGUGUCUACGAUCUGGAUGUAGGAAUGAACUCUCUCCAGGGCUUCAAGCUCAGCACUAACAGUCACUUCUCAGUGGAUGUGCAAAAUUACUCCGAUGGGCCCAAGUACCCAGAGCUGGUUCUGGAGCGUGCCCUGGACCGGGAGGGAGAGGCCAUUCACCACUUGGUCCUCACAGCCGUGGAUGGUGGUGACCCCGUUCGCUCAGGUGUGGCGCGAAUUCAGGUAACGGUCCUAGAUGUAAAUGACAACGCUCCAGUGUUUACAAAGCCUGCCUAUCGGGUAAGUGUUCCUGAAAACCUGCCUAUAGGUACACCUGUGUUGACGGUGAACGCCACCGACCAGGAUGAAGGCCUCCACUCGGAAGUAACAUAUUCCUUCGUGAAGGUAACAAAAAAGAUCGCCCAGAUUUUCUCCUUGAAUGCUUUGACUGGGGAAAUAUCAAUUUCUGAAGCGCUAGACUACGAAGACGCAAGCUACUAUGAGCUGGAUGUUGAAGCCCAGGAUAAGCCGGGCCUUCGAGACAGAGCGAAAGUCUUCAUAACUGUGUUGGAUGUAAACGAUAACGUACCUGAAGUGGUAGUGACUUCUGGAAGCCGAACAGUUGCUGAAAACGCGCCACCAGGUACAGUAAUCGCCCUUUUCCAAGUGCAUGAUCGAGAUUCAGGACUGAAUGGGGUUGUAACGUGUUCAGUCUCCAGCAGUCUGCCAUUUGAAUUGGAAAAGUCAGUAGACAAUUACUAUCGAUUAGUGACAAGCACAGCGCUAGAUAGGGAGCAGGUGUCCCUGUACAACAUUACCGUAACAGCCACAGACAAGGGAAAACCUCCUCUGUCUACAGAAACGUUCAUCUCCCUAAAUGUGGCAGACAUCAAUGACAACCGGCCUGCCUUCUCCCAGGAGUUCUACUCCAUCUACAUCCCCGAGAACAACCCCAGAGGAGCCUCAGUCUUCUCGGUUACCGCCCAUGAUCCCGACAGUGGAGAGAAUUCCCGAGUUACUUAUUCACUGGCCGAGGACACCAUACAGGGGGCACCAGUGUCCUCCUAUGUCUCCAUUAACUCUGACACAGGAGUCCUGUAUGCUCUGUCUUCCUUUGACUAUGAACAGUUUCCAAACUUACAGCUCAAAGUGACAGCUAGUGACAGCGGUGAGCCAUCACUCAGCAGCAAUGUAUCACUGAAUGUAUUCAUUCUGGACCAGAAUGACAAUGUCCCCGAGAUCCUGUACCCCGCCCUUCCCACCGACGGCUCCACGGGCGUGGAACUGGCGCCUCGCUCCGCAGAACCCGGCUACCUGGUGACCAAAGUGGUGGCGGUGGACAGAGACUCGGGUCAGAACGCCUGGCUAUCCUACCGCCUGCUAAAGGCCAGUGAGCCAGGGCUGUUCGCGGUGGGGGUGCACACGGGCGAGGUGCGCACAGCGCGUGCCCUGCAGGACAGAGACGCGCUCAAGCAGAGCCUGGUGGUGGCCGUUCAGGACCAUGGCCAGCCCCCUCUCUCGGCCACUGUCACACUCACCGUGGCUGUGGCCGACAGCAUCCCGGACGUGCUCGCUGACCUGGGCAGCAUGGAGUCUCCCACCAACCAAGACGACGCUGGCCUCACUCUGUACCUGGUGGUGGCCGUGGCUGUGGUCUCCUGCGUUUUCCUGGCGUUUGUCAUCGUGCUGAUGGCGCUCAGGCUGAGGCGCUGGCACACUAAACGUCUGUUCCAGGCUUCCAGCUGCACAAUGUCCGGCCUGCCCGCCUCUCACUUUGUGGGCAUGGACGGGGUGCGGGCCUUCCUGCAGACCUAUUCCCACGAGGUCUCCCUUACCGCGGACUCGCGCAAGAGCCACCUGAUCUUCCCUCAGCCCAACUAUGCAGACACGCUCAUUAGUGCAGAGAGCUGUGGGAAAAGCGAGCCACUUUUAAUCCAGGAAGACUCAGGUUUGAAUAAAGAGGAAGACUCUUUUAUUCAGGUGAGACUUUUGCUUUUAUUUGAGUAG